AACGAGAAGAGCCAACACAUCUGAAGACGCCGGCGGAAUAAUGCAAUAAUGUAUAAAUGCAGCGAUAGAACUACUCUUGUGUAGACGAUACGAAGACGCGUUUCCAUCGCAAGGAUUUGGAAGCUGUUUGCCGCCAUUAACAACAUUUGAAAGUCAUGAUGUGGUGGUCUUGGCCCCUCGUGUCCGUCCUGGUGCUGUGCUGUCUGUUGUCGGUGGGGACCGUGAGGACCGCCCCCUGUCAGACCUGCCACAAACUCACAGACAGCUUCAUCAAGGGCUUGGAGCAGACAGCCAAUAAGAAUUUUGGGGGUGGGAAUACGGCUUGGGAAGAGGAGAAAUUGGCAAAAUAUGCUCGCAGUGAGACGCGUCUGUUAGAGAUCAUAGAGGCAGUGUGUGAUAAGUCUGACUUUGAAUGCAACAGACUGCUGGAGCAGAUAGAAGAUCAGGUGGAGACAUGGUGGUUUCACAGACAACAGGAAGCUCCAGAUCUGUUUGAAUGGCUGUGUAUUGAGGAGCUCCGACUGUGCUGCCCACCUGGACGCUACGGACCGGAAUGUGCAGAGUGUCCGUCAGGUCCUGGAGGAGUGUGUGGUGGUCUGGGCCGCUGUGAGGGUGAGGGUACACGUCUGGGAGACGGAGAGUGUGUUUGUGACCCAGGAUACUCCGGUCCCCUGUGUCAGCACUGUGCCGAUGGAUACUACAGAGAAAAGAGCUCUAAUCACACGCAGCCUUCCUGCUCAGCAUGCUAUCACUCCUGUAAAAAGUGUGCAGGUCCACAAGACGACAGAUGUUUGGACUGUAAACCUGGGUGGAUCCUUCACAACAAAAAGUGUGUAGAUGUGGAUGAGUGUGGUACUGAGUUGGCUCGCUGUCCAUCAAACACAUACUGCUUCAACACAGAUGGCUCGUAUGAAUGCAGAGGUUGUGAUCAGGCGUGUGUGGGCUGUAUGGGCAGUGGACCUGCUCGCUGUAAGAAAUGCGCUCGAGGGUUCAGACUCACUGGUGCAAAGUGUUUAGACAUUGACGAGUGUUCUGAGCGAGCAAUCGCCUGUCCAGGACUCAAUGAAGCAUGUAUAAACGAGGAGGGAUCAUUCCGCUGUGAGUGUGCCGAGGGAUUCAUUCGACGAGACAGCAUCUGUGUGGAGAAUCUACCGCCCGCUGGUCCAGAGAAGGGUUUGUUUGAUGACAUGACUGAUGACGAGGUGCUGGUUCUGCAGCAGAUGUUCUUCGGUGUCGUCAUCUGUGCACUCGCUACGCUAGCUGCCAAAGGAGACAUGGUCUUCACCGCUAUCUUUAUUGGCGGAGUGGCCGCAAUGGCCGGAUACUGGCUCUCAGAGAAGGGCGACCGCGUUCUCGAUGGCAUACUUAAAGGGCGCUGACCAAUCAGAUGCUCAGGAGCUCAAACAAGAGGAUUACGCCACUGAAAUGUGAUGCUAUCAUGCAGCUGGAAGAAAGGGGGGACACUGUGUUUAAUAGCCAUGGCAAUUGCUAUGCAUGUCAAGCAGGGACGUUUAGGACUACAAAACUCUGGUUUAUAGUCAACAGUGGAUGAUAAUGUUGCUGGUUUGUACAAAGAUCAUUUAUAUCACUGUGUUUCAACAGUUGAAUUACAGCUGUAUUUAUGAGAGUCUGCAAGGGGACUUGAUACGGUUAGUCACUGGUUACAUACUUGGUGUAACCCGAAGAGACAUGCAACAGAUUCAGGUAGAAGUACUGUAUAUAUUGCCAUGGAUUCUUCUCGCUUCAAAUGAAAUUUACAUUAGUGGUUCUCAACCGGUCAGAUGUAACAUUGCACAUCGAUUAUCAGAAUCGUCUAUCGUAGAAAAGCAAGUAACAUGACAUGGUUUCAUGCUCUCGACAGCCAAAAAUUCACCACACAAAACACAUUCUAGUCAGCACAAACCCAUAUUUAAUUUAGUCUGGUUUGUAUUUUCUUUCAUCUUGUGUAGUUUAAGGUGUUUUGAGGAAGAGAGCAUGUCCUGCAACCUUUCCAUGUUGGCAUCUGCAUAAUUUGGCUCAAUGGGUCAUUCUGUGUCAGCUCAACUAGCAGUCUCCAGAUCAAAAGUUUCUUUUUGUUUUUUAUUGAUGAAAGAUAAACAUAAAUGAUGACUAAAGCCAAAAUAUGAAUGCCAUGGAUCAGUAUUUACUGAGUACUACGGAGCAAAACUACAGGUCAAAAAGUAACCUUAGAAAGGUGUUGGCAUGAUUAUUUUAUUGGUACACAGAGAUAGGUGAGUCUGUCACUAAAUUCAGUUGACUUCAGCACCUCCUGUUGCAUUAUAUGCCAAUGAUGGGAGUCCAAAAAUGGAAAAGAAACAAAAGUUGUAGUGCCUAGAACUCCACAAAUAUUAAAGAUAUCUUAAUAGCUUUUUAUAUUCUGGUUCUAAACAAACUUUCCUUUCUGUAUCUUCAUUUCAAGGCCCUAUAUGGUUAAAUUCCAGAGAUAUGGGGCUCUCAAUGUGGAUGCAUUCACAAAUUGUUACAUUUUACCCAUUUUUAAUUGUGGAAAACCAAAUGUGGGCCACAUGGAAUGAAGCUAGUUUUCUUGUCCAACAAAACUAUUAUUUUGGCUUUCAUCAUCAUUAAUGUGUCCUUAGAAAAUGUAUCAACAAAAUCAAAAAUUGCUGAUUAAUUUGCACUAAAAAUACCGUAGAGUUUAAUUGGACACUGCCUUUAGACAACAAAAGAUAUGGAAAGUGUUUUGUCUCUUUUAUGAGUUCAUUAGCUUUUUUUGUUUUUAUUUUGCCAUCUUAUCUAUGCAAAAUUAUGUUUUGUUUCAUUUUAUUAUUAACAUUUAGCAUUGUUUCCCCUACUGUGUGGGACCUUGUCAAGUUUUGCAUUGCAACCCACCAGUUGAGAACCACUGAUUUACACUGCUUUUACACAGAUACUAUAUUUAUUUCUAAACUGCAUACAUAUUGUAAUUCCCAAUGCAUUAAACUUUAUAGAGAUGUGUGCUUGACAUUGAUGUCGACAGCGAGGGAAGCUAUAUUACACACUUGAAACACUCCAAAAGGGAGUCAGAUUGUUAGUCAGAAAACGUCCAGACCUCUUUGUCCAUUUAGAAGCGUUGUCAAAUGCAUGAACUAUGACCCUAUCAGAGACCAUGUCUAGUGUGUUUGACAUUUAGAUUGAAAUGACACUGCGUGGUAAACUCUGUGUGUGUGCGUGCAUGGCAAUUGGGGUAAUUUUAACAGGGUUCCCACUCUUUUUGACCAGUGGAUUUUUAUGACUAUUCAAUGCAUUAAGGGUAGUUUUACUUUUUUGGGCCCUAUUUUAAGAGCACUAAGUGCAGCACUAUGCAAUCCAUCAUAAGUGCAAUAUUAGCGGACAUGGCCAUGAAGUUUUAGUACUUUUGUGCAAGCAUGAGCUAAUUCUAGGCGCAAGUGGGUUUUUGUGUGCACAAAGCGGUAAUGGGCUGGGUCAAGUACAAUUUAAUUCAGAGGUUGUUCUCCAGUUAUUCCACUGUCUGCGUCCUAUUAUAUAGUUCAUGUUAAUCACCAGUGAUAUAAACAAAGACAGCACAUUCAUAAGAAGUUGGUUGUGUAAAUGGACUGUAUGCAAUGAAUUAGAAGAAUAGAAAAUUACAUUCAUUUGUGCAUUAACUACGUCCUUGAUUGUCAGACAUAUUUCUAUGACAGUGACACGCUACUUCAAUAAGCAUGGAAAAUGAAGUUCAGGAUUUAUAUAUUGGCUCCAUUAAAUUAUAGAGAAUGUAAGUGUUAUAAAUCAUACUGAUGAAGUGACACAAAUCAUGGCUCUUAUUAACAGUGAUUGAAUUGGCACGCAUUUCACUUUGAUCAGUCGAUUUUGCUUUAAAUAUUAUAUUCAUUUAUUGAAACAUGAAAAACUUAAACCAAAUAUAUUUCUAAAUUCAAAUUACAUUUCAAACUAAAUGAAAAUAUAAAUAAAAUAAUGAAGUGGUCAAAAACAAAUCGUAUAUAACCACCUCCUCAAAUUCAAACAUUUUACACUGUCCAACUUCUUCCACCACUUUUGCAGUGACUUAAAAAUCACUCUACGACAACAGGUUUAAAAUGACUAAUACAAAUUAGAUCAUAAAUACAACUGUAAAUAUAAAUGUAAGAAAACAAUUGAAUAAUAAACCAUGAUCUAUAGAUAGUUAACACAAAUCUCAUAAAUUUUUAUAUAUAGUUCAUAUAACUAUUAUAUAUAUAUAUAUAUAUAUAUAUAUAUAUAUAUAUAUAUAUAUAAUUAUUCAUAUAAGACAGCUACAGCUCUGAUCGUCAGGGACAUAAUUUGAUGUUUACUAUAUUUUCAGAGUUUAGAUAUGAACUUUAUUAUCUAAUCUCCAAACUGCAAAUGCAGAACUGAAUUAAGACUUUGCUCUGAGAUUAGGUGUGCUUCUAAAAUGUCAGCGCAAUGACUGCACUUUGUGCCACUUCAUUUACAUACAGUACACCCAUAGAUAAUGCAAACACUCCCACCCACGCCCACUCGCACUUUGCGCUGGCACAAAACUUGUCCUUAGAAUUAGCACAUAUGAUCGUUGCGCUGCGCCUGGUGCGGUCACGAAAAUUGAGCCCUCUAUGUUUGUUACACAGAUUCAGCACAUGUGGCCUUCUUGAUUUUUUUGGUUUCAAAUGUUUCUAGUUCCAUCACAGACUGGUCAAAUGUAUUAAUAUUCUUCUCUCUCAACACUGGAGUAAUGCAGCUGCAUGCUUUAUCUUCUGGAUUAGAUGAAAAUACUAAAAUUACUCAUUGCAGCAUUUAUUUAUCUUGUGUUUUGUUUUUCAUAUUUAUUUUCCUCUAUUUGUGUGUGUGAAUAUGCCACAUAAAAUUAAGGACAUACUUUAUACUAUUUAUAUAACAUUUGAAACAAUGGGCAUGAUGAGUUCUGCCAGCCUUAAUGUGAACUAUGUUUUAAUUCUCAAUGCCUCUUAUCACCUCUUGUUGGGGUGGACAAUACAAUGAUUUCAUUAAAAACCCAUAUAAGUGACCAUGUUUUAUGUAUUAAGUUUUGCUGGUGUAAGACACGGGUCCUCACAAAAAUCAUUUGAAGCUUCCUAAAAAAACUUUUCCUUUCAAACUAUAUAUAAAAGCAGAAAAAGAAACGUCCCUUUUUCAGAACACUGUAUUUUAAAGAUAAUUUUGUAAAAAUUAAAAUAACUUUACAGAUCUUUUAUUGUAAAGGGUUUAAACAAUGUUUUCAAUGUUACACCGAGACCUGUACUCUGGAGCGGGAUCGAUUUGGAGGUGGAGGGUUCGUCAUGGUCUGGGGCGGUGUGUCACAGCACUAUCGAAUUGAGCUUGUUGUCAUUGCAUGCAAUAAUGCUGUGUGUUACAGGGAAGACAUCCUCCUCCCUCAUGUGGUACUCUUCCUGCAGGCUCAUCCUGACAUGACCCUCCAGCAUGACAAUGCCACCAGCCAUACUGCUCGUUCUGUGCGUUAUUUCCUGCAAGACAGGAAUGUCAGUGUUCUACCAUGGCCAGCGAAGAUUCUGGAUCUCAAUCCCAUUGAGCAUGUCUAGGACCUGUUGGAUCGGAGGGUGAGGGCUAGGGCCAUUCCCCCUAGAAAUGUCCGGGAACUUGCAAGUGCCUUGGUGGAAGAGUGGGGUAACAUCUCACAGCAAGAACUGGCAAAUCUGGUGCAGUCCAUGAGGAGGAGAUGCACUGCAGUACUUAAUGCAGCUGGUGGCCACACCAGAUACUGACUGAUACUUUUGAUUUUGACGCCCCCCCCCCCCCCCUUUUGUUCAGGGACACAUUAUUCCAUUUCUGUUAGUCACAUUGAAACUUGUUCAGUUUAUGUCUUAGUUGUUGAAUCUUUUUAUGUUCAUACAAAUAUUUACAUGUUAAGUUUGCUGAAAA